AUGUUUCGUUUUCACAAACCGCUUGACGUUGUAACCCUCUUCCACAAACCCUCCCUCCCCACCUCCCUCCGCGCCCUCGCACUCCUCAAGCAAGCAUCCGCCAAUGCCGCUGAGACUGCCACAACUGACCAGGCGUCUGACCAUACGGCGCAAAAUCAGCUCGAGCGCAACCGUCGGGAACAAUUUGACCUCACGGUCACCGAGGACCCACCAACGCCAGACCAGUUAAAGCUAAUUUUUGACUAUAUGAGGGCGAAUGAGAAAAAGGUGGCUCCAAGUGAGCUGGUGGCCGGGGCAAGAGACAGACUAGAUGCACUGAAAAGGCUGAAGGAAGAUGGAUCUACAUUUAUUAGGCCGGUGGUCGUGGAUUGGAAUAACGGUAAGGCAGUCUUGGGCACAAACGAGUCUGAAAUAUUGAGGCUCCUUCGAGAGGAGCCACAGCAUACUCCAGAUAACACCCCAUGA